AGGAGCGGGGAGGGCUGCACACAUAGACUCUAGUCUCUGUAUGAACGUCAUCAGCAGUGCGCCGGACUGUGUGACAGAAGGAAAAGUCGGGAUAUCAGUUACUGGCUUGCCAUGGGCACGGCUGGGCUGAGAGGUGUCGUGUGACUGAGAUGUGUCCGGGGAGGAGCUGGCCCUAGUCUACAGGCAGGAGCUCCUUCUAGGAUGGGAAUCUUAUUCGCCAAGAUAUGGAGGUUGUUCAGCCACCAGGAACACAAAGUUAUUAUUGUGGGACUGGAUAAUGCUGGAAAAACAACAAUAUUAUACCAGUUUUCCAUGAAUGAAGUGGUGCACACAUCCCCAACAAUAGGCAGUAACGUGGAGGAGAUCGUGGUGAAUAAUACUCGAUUUCUAAUGUGGGAUAUUGGCGGCCAAGAGUCUCUCCGUUCCUCAUGGAAUACUUAUUACACAAACACAGAGUUUGUAAUAGUUGUAGUGGACAGCACAGACAGAGAGCGGAUCUCGGUAACCAGAGAGGAGCUAUAUAAAAUGCUAUCACAUGAGGACUUGAAGAAGGCUGGACUACUGGUCUUUGCAAACAAGCAAGAUGUGAAAGAGUGUAUGUCUGUAGCAGAAAUCUCCCAGUACUUGAAAUUAACAUCUGUAAAAGAUCAUCAAUGGCACAUACAGGCGUGCUGUGCUCUCACUGGGGAAGGCCUGUGUCAAGGACUCGAGUGGAUGAUGUCGCGGCUUAAAUCCAGAUGACCUCUGUGUGACGUGAAGAGACAUUAGACUCAAAUACACUGUAUUUAUGAAUCCCUGGACUGCUGCACUCUUAAGACAAGUAUUUAUCAGCAUUGCGUUCCACUGGUUUCAUCAGCAAGAAAACACCAGAAAAUUAUCUGAAGGCAAAACCUUAAUGAUUCUGUGAUGACGUCUUCUGAAGGGUACUGUGGAAAGCUGUGAUUGGCCUGGCUGCUCAUUUUAGCCCUCACCCAGGGACGGUCAGAGGAGGAAGAGGGAGAUGACAUUUUAAAGACUUUUUAUAAUGUAAUUUUACUAAUUGACCCUUUGCGAGCUGAAUGUGGCCUGAGCUGGUGACACCGAGCAGAAGAAUCAACUACACAGAAAAUGGCUGAGCAGUAUUUUUAAAUCCCCACCGGCAGGACUAGAUUCUGUACAUAUCUUUGUAUCUCCUGUGUGUGUGUGUACGCAUGCCCCUACGUUGUACUAAUAUGUGGAAAACAUUGCCUUGAAGACCUUGAAGAAAAUUGCACAGUUCUGAUAUGUAACGGUUAUUUGUCACUUUCUUGUCCUUUUGUUUUACAGUGCUUGUUUUUUGCACAUUCCUUGGCAUCUGCUGAUUUGCAUGUUAUAAUGCUCCACUGAACACUUAUUUUUUUUACUUUCCUUGUCAAGAAAAACUUACUAGCACAAGUGUGACCGUGGGAUAAUUAAGUAGAAAAGGGGAACGUCCUCUCAUCAUUCCUAUACAUGUACUUGUGCUUUUUAUCAUUCAGACACAAGUAGAGACUUCAUAGAGUUUAGUUUUCAUGCCUAAGUAACCCAUGGACCCUCCCCCCACCCCCUUCAUUCUCUUACUCCCCUAUCCCUCUGCCCUGUCCCCCCCGCCUCCCUUUCUCCCCAUUCCCUUCAUAAUCUACCUCUCUCCACCCCACUCUCUGCCCAUUUCUUCCUCCGUCCCUAUAUAUAUUCAUCGACUACCCUGUUUGAUUACAUUAUUGCAUUGGAAAGGAAUUCAGCAAUUUGUUUAAUUGAGAAGGAUCAUGAAACCUCCAUAUGAUGGGGACUCUACUUCUCACCUUUGGCAAUGCUUUGAUACCUUCGCAUCCAUUGGCUGGAAAUGAAAGCCAGCUGGUGAUUGGAAGAGUGUUAGGGUUCUGUGCAGCUGUCUCCUGGUUUCUGAAGUUGAAUGUUAGCUGUCCAGGCUAAUAUGCAUGUGCUGGCACUCUUUUCUGUACAAUAAAUGGGUAGGACCUCUCCCAAAAUAA